GGGUUUUCAGAUGAUCAAACUAUAAAACAUUUUUGGACAAAGAGCUUUCAUUAAUGGCUGAGAUCUCUGAUACUACUCCACAGACACGAACUACAACCUUCGACAUCGAAGACGGUGGAUCAGGAGGUGAUUUCCGAUCACCGGGGUUUUCGCGUCCACUUGUAUCCGUAUCCUUCGUUCAAAAGUUGAUUGGCGAGUUCGUGGGCACAUUCUCUCUCAUAUUUGCCGGCUGCGCGGCCAUCGUGGUAAAUGAUACGUACGGUAAAGCAGUAACACUUCCUGGUAUAGCUUUGGUAUGGGGACUAACCGUAAUGGUUAUGAUAUACUCAAUUGGUCAUGUUUCCGGUGCACAUUUCAACCCUGCUGUAUCCAUUGCCUUUGCCUCUUCUAGAAAGUUCCCAUUUCAACAGGUUCCGGGGUAUAUAGCCGCACAAGUUCUCGGCUCAACUUUAGCUGCUGAGGCUCUACGACUUGUGUUCCAUCUGAAUGAGAACGUUUGUAGCCUCAAAGGAGAUGUUUAUGUGGGAACAUACCCUUCAAGUUCCAACAUGGCAUCGUUUGUAAUGGAGUUCAUCACUACUUUCAACUUGAUGUUCGUUAUCUCGGCUGUAGCUACUGAUAAACGAGCCAAUGGAUCAUUCGCAGGAAUUGCUAUUGGCGCGACUGUUGUACUCGACAUUCUGUUCUGCGGGCCCAUCUCCGGAGCAUCAAUGAACCCAGCAAGAAGCUUAGGGCCUGCACUUAUAUGGGGAUGUUAUAAGGAUUUAUGGUUAUACAUUGUUUCACCGAUUAUUGGAGCAUUGGCAGGUGCGUGGACUUAUGGUAUAUUACGAUGUACAAACAAAUCAUAUGGUGAGAUAAUACGUCCAAACUGCAAUAAAGUUUCUUCGAGAGAUCGCCAAGAAGCAUCUCCAGACGAGAUUUGUGUCCUUCAAAUGGUCAACCAGGCUAACCGGAAAGAAUUUAUAUGUUCACCACUCGCUGAUAUAAACGACAAAAGAAAUGUCACAUGCAAGUUGCCGUAAAAAAUAUGGAUGUACUAUUAUAUCCUGCUCUAUACUUACAAAAAUUAGUUGACAGAGGUUGCACAUAGAAAAAAAUCUUUGUUGACAAAUUUUUUUCAAAAUCUGUAAAAUAUUUAUGUAAUAUACAAACGUUAAAAAUAAGAAAUUUAUUUG